UCUCCGGAGCCCCGGAACGGGAGAAGGGGGAGGGGGUCCAUGAAGCCGGGCGAGAUACUGUUCGUUUCCGGCGGGUCGGUGGGCACGGGGGCGGCCCGAGCCCGGUUCCUGGACGCGUGUGCCCGCGGAACUGCAGCACUCGGCCCGAGGGGGCGGCGGCCGUCACAGAUCCUGGCCCGCGGGAAGGCCCCGCUCAUGGUGGAAGUUGGCCCCUCCUGGCCCCUCCUCGUGCCCGGCGAGGUGGGCGAGCCUCUGCCCUCGCUCCUGUUACCCAGGAAUCUAAACCUCAAGUUACAAUCUCGACAGUACUGACUCCUGCAAUUCGCUCUACUGAUCUGUCACCGCCACAAGGAUAGACGGUCGCGGGCUCCUCCCCACCCAAAUGGUUUCAGAGGCUGUGUAAGGGGAUAUUUUGGUAUAACCUCCAGGAAAAUCCCCCCAGUAGCCUGCCCUGGGCUCUCCUUGGGCACAGGAAGGGCGAAUCACCAGGAUUUUCAGCUGAGAAAUUUAAGAAUAAUUGAACCUCACGAGGUGACACACUCAGGAGACACAGGUGUGGAAACAGGUACAUGGAUACAGAGAUGACAUCAUCCCUGCCUUCAGGAGAAGUGGUAUUUACCCUAUUACACGAUUUAUCACAUUGCAUUUAUGACAGCAGAAUGCCUCCAAAGGUGACUUCAGAGCUGCUUCGGCAGCUGAGACAAGCCAUGAGGAACUCUGAGUAUGUGACUGAACCGAUCCAGGCCUACAUCAUCCCAUCGGGAGACGCUCAUCAGAGUGAGUAUAUUGCUCCGUGUGACUGUCGGCGGGCUUUUGUCUCUGGAUUCGAUGGCUCUGCGGGCACAGCCAUCAUCACAGAAGAGCAUGCGGCCAUGUGGACCGACGGGCGCUACUUUCUCCAGGCUGCCAAGCAAAUGGACAGCAACUGGACACUCAUGAAGAUGGGUCUGAAGGAUACACCAACUCAGGAAGACUGGCUGGUGAGUGUGCUUCCUGAAGGAUCCAGGGUUGGUGUGGACCCCUUAAUCAUUCCUACAGAUUAUUGGAAGAAAAUGGCCAAGGUUCUGAGAAGUGCCGGCCACCACCUCAUUCCCGUCAAGGAGAACCUCGUUGACAAAAUCUGGACAGACCGUCCUGAGCGCCCUUGCAAGCCUCUCCUCACACUGGGCCUGGAUUACACAGGCAUCUCCUGGAAGGACAAGGUUGCAGACCUUCGGUUGAAAAUGGCUGAGAGGAACGUCAUGUGGUUUGUGGUCACUGCCUUGGAUGAGAUUGCGUGGCUAUUUAAUCUCCGAGGAUCAGAUGUGGAGCACAAUCCAGUAUUUUUCUCCUACGCAAUCAUAGGACUAGAGACGAUCAUGCUCUUCAUUGAUGGUGACCGCAUAGACGCCCCCAGUGUGAAGGAGCACCUGCUUCUUGACUUGGGUCUGGAGGCCGAAUACAGGAUCCAGGUGCAUCCCUACAAGUCCAUCCUGAGCGAACUCAAGGCCCUGUGUGCUGAUCUCUCCCCAAGGGAGAAGGUGUGGGUCAGCGACAAGGCCAGCUAUGCUGUGAGCGAGGCCAUCCCCAAGGACCACCGCUGCUGUAUGCCUUAUACCCCCAUCUGCAUCGCCAAAGCUGUGAAGAAUUCAGCCGAGUCAGAAGGCAUGAGGCGGGCUCACAUUAAAGAUGCUGUUGCCCUCUGUGAACUCUUUAACUGGCUGGAGAAAGAGGUUCCCAAAGGUGGUGUGACAGAGAUCUCAGCUGCUGACAAAGCUGAGGAGUUUCGCAGACAACAGGCAGACUUUGUGGACCUGAGCUUCCCAACGAUUUCCAGUACGGGACCCAACGGCGCCAUCAUUCACUACGCGCCAGUCCCUGAGACGAAUAGGACCUUGUCUCUGGAUGAGGUGUACCUCAUUGACUCGGGUGCUCAAUACAAGGAUGGCACCACAGAUGUGACGCGGACAAUGCAUUUUGGGACCCCUACAGCCUACGAGAAGGAAUGCUUCACAUAUGUCCUCAAGGGCCAUAUAGCUGUGAGUGCAGCUGUUUUCCCGACUGGAACCAAAGGUCACCUUCUUGACUCCUUUGCCCGUUCAGCUUUAUGGGAUUCAGGCCUAGAUUACUUGCACGGGACUGGACAUGGUGUUGGGUCUUUUUUGAAUGUCCAUGAGGGUCCUUGCGGCAUCAGUUACAAAACAUUCUCUGAUGAGCCCUUGGAGGCAGGCAUGAUUGUCACCGAUGAGCCUGGGUAUUAUGAAGAUGGGGCUUUUGGAAUUCGCAUUGAGAAUGUUGUUCUUGUGGUUCCUGUGAAGACCAAGUAUAAUUUUAAUAACCGGGGAAGCCUGACCUUUGAACCUCUAACUUUGGUUCCAAUUCAGACCAAAAUGAUAGAUGUGGAUUCUCUUACAGACAAAGAGUGCGACUGGCUCAACAAUUACCACCUGACCUGCAGGGACGUGAUUGGGAAGGAAUUGCAGAAACAGGGCCGCCAGGAAGCUCUCGAGUGGCUUAUCAGAGAGACGCAACCCAUCUCCAAACAGCAUUAAUACCUCCCUGGUUUUGUUUUUACAAAAUGCUCUGGGGAAAGGAAGAAACGUGGCAGAUCCCUGACAUCUUUCCCCUUUCCUCUCCUUCUUCCCUACCUCCCCUUUUUACUUUAGACUUUAAGAAGAAUAGAAAAUCUUCUUAUCCUCUUUGAUAUUUUAUUGCAAACACUGAGUCUUUUAUGAUUUUUUAAUUGUUGAGAACGAGCCAAGAAUAAAAUUGCUGCACCAGAAGGAGGGCCCCUCCAAAGUCGAACACUUGAUGAAAGGGAGUUGCCCUGACUUCUCUGGCCAGUGAUGGGGAAACAAUGAGUGCUCCAUGAUGGUCAUGUUCCAGGUGCUAGUACAUCAUUCAUGAUCACCUUAAUGCUCAUGAGACUAUAUUUAUGAUCAGUGAAUAAAAAUGUCAAAACUGUG